AUGAGACCUCUCGCUGGAUCCGAAGCCUUCCAGCCCCGCAGUCGUAAAGCAUCCGUUACUGAACCACUCCCAGCUCCCAGCAUACGAAGUGCUUCUCCGGUCACUUUCUUUCUAAGACGUGGGAGCCAGGGAAAUGGAGAUGGCAAUACUGCAGAAAUUCCCAAUAAUCCUAUCCCCUCUGCACCAACGGUUGUUGCGAAAGCCCAUCCAGACGAAGCUUCGCAGAGCCCACGACGACGUUCCACCUUGAAAGCACGAGAAGCAACCACCUCACGAGGCAGCCCAUCCGCCGAAUGCCAGACACAGCUACCACAACAAGAGCCCCUUACUCCCCUGCUCGUUCCUUCAGACACGAGUUCUCUACCCAGCAGCCCCAAGUCAACCUCGACGCGAUCCUUGAGACCUUCAGAGGUAGGAUCUACCGCUGAAGAAACCGGAAGUCAAGCUAUACUGUCAAGUGGUGAUGAAGAACUUGAGCCAGAGCCAUCCUCGCAGUCGGCCGAAGGAGCUCCACAACUUAUAAUGCCAAGUAUAAAGAUACCCAGCCGAAGACCAUUCACAGAAAGAGGAAAGCGGAUUGGCAAUUUCAAGAUCCUGAUCGCUGGAGGCAAAGGGAUCGGCAAAACCUCCCUUAUCAAGUCAAUCGUGCAAACAUGCGAAGAUAUCGUCCACGUCGAUCCCCUACCAGUCAGCAGGUCGUCUGCUAUGCUAUCUUCGCCAAAGGCAAAGCGAGUACUCAAGAACUUUGAGCAGCCUCGGAUUUCUGAAGUCAGCGCGAGUACAAGGCCAUAUCCCCCCUGGUGGGCUGAGAUAGAAGAAAGCAAGAUACUUCGAAGGCGGAGGAGCACGGGCGACACAGUAUUGGACCGUAACUUGUGCUUUGUCGACACUGCCAGCCGUGAAGAUUGUAGCACAAUCUAUGAGUACAUGACGAUGCAGCUACACAAGGCUUUGAAGGCACCAAUUGAGGCAAACUCGGAUUUCGUAUCGCUCCUGAGUGGUAGCGGCGGGUCACAGGUGGACUUGGUGCUUUACAUGUUCUCAAAGGACACAAUGGAUGCCGAUAUCUCGCAAAUGAAAGCUCUUUCGGAGCUGAGCGAUGUAGUUCCUUUAAUAUCGAAGGCCGACCAGCUCUCACCUGAUCACAUUGAAGCCCUGAAACUCGAGUUCAAAUCCAAGGUCGACGUUGGGACGCUCUCAAAGUUACCGGCGUUCAGCACAUCUGAGACGCGAAAGGGGACAUUGGAUGUUUCUGGCCCAUAUACAGUAUCUUCAGCUACUGGGCCAGAUCACGAGACUAUGGACGCCUCGCUGUUGAUGUCUCCCGACUAUGUUCAACCUCUUAUGCCAUCUGAGCUUGUUUGGCUUGUGCAGCACAUAUUCGAGACAGAAGUCGUAUCCUAUCUUCGUUACUCUGCCGCCAAAAAGCUCAUCGCCUGGCAAAAUGCUCAACCUCCUCCCACGAAGCCUACAAAUUCCCCCUUAACCUCUCGUUCGUUCUCCCCUCGACCAUCUAGCCUUGGCUCUCCACUGCCACGCUCCACUACCAAUCCCGGCAUGCUUGUACCUUUCGCCUCUGAUCUAGCGCUAACCACGACCUCGAACAUCCAGGCCAUGACCAGGCUAGCUGAGCAUGCACAACAAGAAGAAAGAUUGGCACAAGUCAGACUCAAUAAAUGGGCAAACGACUUACAGAACAGUUUACAACGGGAACGAGAGCGCUUCGAGAAGCUAGCCAGAGGUGAACGAGCCAUAUGGCUUGUCGAAAGGAUGAGUGAAGAGGUACAAGGUGGGAGGUUAUCCGCACUCGAUCAAUCAGGAGCACUGGUGAAAGCAGGCAGCUGCGAAGAGAGGGCUUCGAGGUGGGCAUCUGCCAGGCACUCGACACACGAUCCUCUGGGGCUCUUGAGAUGGAGCGACAGUUUGAGGACAAGGGGCUGGAUUGCUCUCCAGGUUAUUGGUAGCUUUGGUAUGAUUGGCGGGCUUGCUUUCUGGCUAGCAAGAACGUGGGGUCUGACCUCCACGAUCAAUGAAUGGACUCACGCUUGGACUUGGAAUCCAUUUGCUGUGGAAUGCAAUCACGCAAGGCCAAUCUUCAUUUAG